UGUGAGAUCGCAGCAUGCAUUCGGUCCAGGAAGAGAUGUGGGACCCCCAGCCCCCGUCUAAACAUGCCUCACCCCUCCCCCCAGCACAACCUUCCUCCUCCAGCCUACACCGCCCCCAUGUGAUCGCAGACACCCCGGCAAAGCGAAUCACCUUUUACAAAAGCGGGGACAGCCAGUUCGGGGGCGUUAGGAUGGCGGUGCACAAGCGGAGCUUCAAAUGCUUUGACGCUCUGCUGGACGACCUUUCGCAAAAGGUGCCGCUGCCAUUCGGUGUGCGAACUGUGACAACUCCGCGCGGCACUCACACUAUCAAACACCUAGAGCAGCUCCAAGACGGUGGCUGCUACCUCUGCUCUGACCGACGCCAGGCUAAGCCAAUCAAUAUGGAGCUAGCCAGAAAACAUCCGGGUAUCUGGUACAAUGAUACCCGUAGGCCACAUCGUCCAGAAACCUCAUCCUCGACGGCAACCGCGCAUUUUCCUUACCGGCAGCGUCGGAUCCUAUUGGUCAAAAACAGCGAGCCGGGGAUAAGGAGGAGUUUGGUGCUGAGCAGGAAGUCAACGAGGAGCCUGAGGGCCUUUCUCGAUGAGGUUUCAGAGGUGAUGCAGUUUCAUGUCCGCAAGCUCUACACUGCAGAGGGACGCAGGAUUGAGAGUGUGCAAAGCCUGAUGACUUGUUCUGGAGUGUUGGUGUGUGUUGGCCGUGAAGCCUUCAGCCCAAUGCUCGUCAACUUCAUCAGGAAGAGCUCAGAUGAGCGACUGCCCGGUUUGAACAGCAGGUCCCCCGGUCUUGGCCCCAGGACGCCUGGGAAUGGGGCCCGAUCUCCUGGUACUCAAGGAUUAAGAUCCCCACCUCGUGGAGCUCAGUCCAGAGCCAGCGAGUACAGUGAAGUGCAUGAAAGCAGGAAAAAUGUUAACUUUGGUCUGGAAACAAAGAAAAGCAUCAUCCAUCCUCGUUCAGAUUCCUCAAACCGCUCUGCACGCUUCUCCCUGUCUUCAGAGAAGUCAUACGGCAACGGUGUUAGUGCCUACUCCCAGGCCAAGCCGGCCAUCAUGAAUGAAGACAUCGAAAAGCGCGUCCUGGUCAAUAAAGAUGGCAGCCUCUCGGUGGAAAUGAGGGUGCGAUUCCGCCUACACAGUGAUGAAACCCUCCAGUGGUCGACACAAAUCAAAAAGUCACCGUCUCUGACCAAUGAGUGUUGCCCGCUGAGCCAGGCCCAGCCUCAUUACCUGCAGCAGGGUCAAUCAGAAAGCUGCUCUGACCCUGAUUCCGCAUCUUACGAGCAAGAGGGCGUGCAUUGUUCAAGCCAAAUUCUGCAGCACGCGGCAGAUGGAAAUAGCUGCCCUUGCUGCUACCAGAGACAGGAGCAGCAGUAUGACUUCUGGGAAAACCCUGUACACAGCUGCAAACCGCCUCCUGUCCCUCCCCAGCAUGCACACAGCCACACCCACACCAUGAUGAGACACACACAUUCUUCCAGCUCGUCCUCGUCGUGUAACUCAAGGAGGGUCAUGCGUUGCCGAGCGCGACUUUCCAACUGCUCGGGUACAGAAAAACAACUGGUCCAGGAGGAAAUGUGUGUGACAGAGCAGGUUGAGCGUAGAGUGGAGGUCGAGCAGGAUGGAGAAACCCACGUAGAGGUGUGCAGGGUGAGCCGAUGCUCCAGCCGCAGUGAAGUAGUGGCCGCAGAUAGCAACCUGCGACCACAUAGCGGAAAGUCAAUAGAGGAGGAUGUCCUGAUGGAGGUAGAUGGGGAGCGUCCCAUAUCUGCAGUGAGCAGCUCGUCGCAUGUCCUGCAAUCGCUGAAAGAGGACCAGGAUGAUGUCCAACCCACUGGGCAUGAGGAUGGGGAAGAGAGUGGAAGCCGGGUAGUAUCCGCGGCCUCAUCCUGUCAUUGUGGAGAAGCCACCGUAGAGGAGGUGGAUCGAGCCCCCAGUUCCAAGUCCAAAAUGAGCACGGCCUCUUGCAGAUCCAGCAAAACCAAGAUCCAAAAUUCAGAGGAUGAUGGAACCGCAGAUGACGAGGAUGACGAGAUUAAGAGAGUUGGGAGUAGUUUAUCUGGUCACACAGGAAUAUCUCUGCAGUCAAGGGCUUCCAGUGUAUGUCCUGAUUGUGGUGGGUGCAAACGGGGGAGCAACUAUGUCUCCUCGAAGCCUGCUACACCUCAAUCCAACCGAGUGAUUGCCAACAACGGCAGUGAAAAUGAUGGCUCAGAUUUCUCGACUCAAUCCAACAAGACCAAUCUCACCAACAGUGGGCGCAUCUCUGCGAUAUCCAAUCUCCCAGAGGACAGAGCAUCCAGUGCCAUGUCCAGAAUGUCCAAUCCUGAGGCAGCGGGAAAAGAGGAAGAAAGGGCUUCGGGAGCUGGGUCUGCUACAAGCCACAGGUCAGAAAGAUCAGAUAAAGAUGGGCAUAGGAGCCCCAGUGCUAGGUCCGCCAAAUCCGGCAAGUCUCAAAAGUCCAACUGUACAGCUAAGUCAUCAGAUGUCAGGACAAGAAAAGAAGCUGAGGGAGAGAAUUCUGGAGAAAGAGCACUUAGCGCCUUGUCAGCCAAAUCUCAUGUGUCUUCAAAGACUAGUGCUUCAGUCAAGGUAAGCCUCCAGGCUGCCUCCCCAACAAGUAAUACGGCUGUUGAAGAGUAUAACACCAUCAAUAGAACUUCAAGCGCCCUUUCUGUUAAGUCCAAUGCCUCUGCCAAUUCUGGCAAGGUAGAUAGAAAUGAUAGUGUCCUAUCUGCUAAAUCAGCUAAAUCAAAUGUGUCAGUAAAGUCCGGCACAUCUCAUAGGUCCAAAUGCAGCCGCUGUUCAGGGGCAGUAUCUUCAGGGGAUAAGGCUGAGAAACCUGACAGUGCGGUACAAGAAGAAGAAAUGGAGGCUGAGGAGAGAGCAGGAAGUGCCAUAUCAGCCAAGUCCAAUCUGACUGCCAAAUCUAACAAAUCCCACAAGUCCAAAGCUUCUGAAAGGUCGCAUUCUCCCAGAUCUGAAACCGGAGGAGAUGGAGAAAAAAGGUCUGCAAGUCAAAUGUCUGGCAAAUCUGUUAAAUCUAACAUGUCAGCGAAGUCUUCAAAGUCGUGCAAGUCCAACAACGAUGCCAGAGAAAUUUCAGCACCUUCAAAAGAUGAAGAGGGGGUAGAAAAUGAGAUGGUGGAGGAGGAAUCGCAGCAGAGGUCAAAGAGCGCAAUGGCCGCAAAAUUGGAAAGUGAUGAGAGGUCAGCCAGUGCAACAUCCUUUAAAUCUCAUAAGUCCAAGUGUGAUGAGAACACAGGAAAUGGUUCAGAAAAAGGGGACAAUGCAGGGGAUGGUGAACAAGACAUGGACAGGGUAGCGAGUGCUUUAUCUGGUAAAUCAGUGUCAGGGAAAUCCAACAUCUCUGCAAAGUCCUCCAAGUCAAGGUCUCCAAAUCAAAAUGAAGUUGAAGAGCGGGUGGCUAGCGCUAUGUCUUUAAAGUCAACAUCUUCAGUAAGAACCAGUAAAUCUCACAAGUCAAAUUCAAGCAAGAAUCCAAAAUUAGUGUCACCAAGUCUAAAUGUGGUCACCAUUCAAGCACCAGAAGGGCCUGAUGGAGAAGGAAAUGAGACGAUGGAGAGAGCACAAAGUGUUGCAUCUGCUAAAUCUGUAAAAUCCAAUGUUUCAUCUGCUUCACUGCAUAAGUCACGCGCUGCCGAUAUUGCUGUCAUUGAAACUGCAGGUGAAGAGAAUACAAUUGUGAUCCACUCACCCAAACCUCCAUCUGAAUCACCCAGCCGUGCUCAUUCCUGUGCGCAACAGUUGUUGCCUUGUCUGGAGACAAGAGGGCCAAGUGCCUUGUCAGUUCAUUCCAAGACUUCUGCUAAAUCUGGUCGAUCCAAAUGUCGAUGUGGAGCAGCGUCAACACUUGAAAAUACAAAAGAGUUGCAAAGUGAAGAGGGUUCUGAAGUGGCUUGUAGCAUACUGUCAACCAAAAGACAGAGGAGAGAAUCAGGAGGUACUGAGCUACCACUGAGUCAGAACUCAGGAUCCGUCUCUCUUGGGUUACCGGAAGACACAGAAACAGGCGACUCAGACAGUGGCAAGUCCACUGUUUCUUUUAACAUGAACACUGAAAGUAAAGGCAGAGUGAAGACAACAACUCCCGCCACAAGCACAAAAAAGACAUCCAUGAAGGAAAAUGUGGAAGGAAGAGGGUCCACCCGGUCUAGAAAAUCCAAUAACAAUGGCGACAAAAGCAUUACACCUCCCAAAACUCCAGCAGUAGAUAUCCCAACCAUUGAAACACCAGGAGGGAUUGAGGAUAAAGGUGAAGAUGACCUUGAACCAAGAUGUGAAAGGUCCACUUCAACAGCUAAAGUUAGCAAUGCAGAUGUCCCUAACCAUAGGACCCCAACUGCGAUGUCAUCAGCAAGUGCUAAAGUUGGCAGCAAAACUAAAAGUAAAAAUCAAGCACCCAGUAGACCGGCUAGCAAGACUGAAGGGGAAGAAGAUAACAAAGCUGCCAGUGUCCACUCCAAGAGUCAGUGUUGUCUAAGGCCUGAGUCGGCAGCUUCAGCUCACUCAGGGUCAAAGGUUAAGGAGAGUAUAGGAGGGGAUCCAGCUAAACCAGACUCUAUGGAUGCUGUUAAAAGUCCCAAGGCCAAAUCCACUGGCAGCAUCAAUAGCAGGCCCCAAAGCAAAUCAGCACUGAUCAAAUCCUCAAGCCCCUGUCCCUUACACAACUCCAGACCGUCCAGCAAAGAGGAAGAUUAUAGUGAGAGCACUUUGUCUCACUCACUGUCAGCUGCCGACCUCUUAAAGGAAGCCAUUGCUGCACGUCCACACAGCCGUCAGUCAAAGGCCAGCAAAGCCAGCAGCAAGACAAGGAGCGAGAAAUGUCAGAGAAGUAGGAACCAGAGGGGUCAUGUGGAGUCACCGGAUUUGACGCCCGCGUGUUUGCCUAAUGCCUCCCCGAAUGAGGUCGUCAGUGAGUGGCUGGCAAACAUCCCCACUGAUAGUAGCAUGCUCACACUUGGAGAUGAGAUGAACGAGGAUGAGGAUUUGCUCGUCGAGAAGGCGAUGGACGAGAAACUUGGAGAAGAGGUGUCAAAGGAAGAGGAGAGUCCUGAAGAAGGGAGAGUGGACAAUGGGGAGAAUGUGGAGGCCAAAGAGGAAGAAGAAGAAAAAGUGGAGGAAGCUGAAUCGGAUGCAUUAGAGGAGAAGUGUUUGGAUCAACCUCCGGGUGAUAAAGUGGCAAAUUUGUCUUCCCACAACCAUCUAUUGUCGAGCAGGGAGUCUCUGCCGAAGAACUGGCAUUCUUCAGCUGCGGUGAUGAAAGUUCUACUGGGCUCUUCUCUCGGACGAUGUCGGAGCAUGCCAGAGGUGUCUCCAGUUUAUGGUCGCCGACUGAGCACAUCAGCCAGGGGGCUCUUGGACUGUUUGGCCCAGCUUCAGCUCAUCGAGCCCGCAGUGGGUCCUGAACGUGACUGCCAAAAGCCCCACGACCAUCAUUAUCAGGACAUCAUGACAAUCCUUCAAUCUCUCUGGCUGGCUGAACCAGAGAACAUCUCGACCAAGGACUCUGGCGGAGAUCAGAUCAGCCCUCCAAGGUCUUCCUCCGGGGUCGAUAUGAGCAGCGGUUCUGCUGGAUCAGGGAAGGAGAAUGGAAAUCAGGGUGAAGAUGAAACUAAUAAAAUUGAAGCUAAAGAGACUGAAUCUUUACAUGAAGAUGAGGAAGUGGACAAGGUUGCAGAUGUGGAAAAUGGAGAAAGUGAAGAACCCAAGGAAGCUGAGGCAGAGCCAGAGGAGACCUCAACAGAGCAGUUCAAGAUAGAUACAGCAGAAGAGCCGGUAACAAGUGAAGAACAAAACACAGUCCCUAACCCAAAAGCCACUGAGAAUCCUUCAUCAUCAGAAAAGAGCUCCGCUAACAGCAGCUCUAAAUCCCCCACUGAUAAUGAACAAGAGACACUCGAGGACUCUAGCUCAGGAACGCCACCGACUGUCCUCAGGGCACCACUUGCUAAAAAGCUAUCCCAACACCCCGAUCCGGUGUGGAUUCUACACCUCCUGAAGAAGCUGGAGAAACAGUUCAUGAACCACUACAUCACCGCAAUGGCCGAGUUCAAAGUCCGCUGGGACCUGGACGACAGCCUCAUCUUGGACACCAUGAUCUCCGAGCUGAAGGACGAGGUGAGCCGACGCAUCCAGAGCAGCAUUGAGCGCGAGAUGCAGAAGAUCCAGGGUCGGGCCGGCAAAGGGGGAAGGUCGCCUAGGCCACCGAUGGGUGGGAAUCUCUCCAGGGAGUCCACCAUGACGGAGAAAAGACGCCGAAUGUUGAAGGUCAUGAAGAACCAAUCAGUGAAGACCGCUGACUCGCUCAGCGAUGGAGAAAACACGACGGACUUCAGUGACCAGAGAAGCGAUGAUGAGUACUGCCCCUGUGAUGCCUGUGUCCGCAAGAAAAUGGCCGCCCGGCCUCUCAAAACAAACCCAUUGGCGGCUGAAGCGCCGGUGAUGAUGGAGUUCGACCUCCUCAAGAUACUGCAGCUUAAAAAGAGCCCGUUUCCAACGCCUGCCGCCAUGCCGCAAGUCGACGUGGUUGAAGAGGUGGAGGGGGAGAGUAAUUUAGAGGUGGUGGAGGAGGAAGAGGAGGAGGAUGAAACCAAAGAAGAUAUCAUAGCCGAUGUCGUUUUGGAGGAGACGAUCCCAGAGGAAGACGAGGAAAUGGAAGAAGAAGAAGAAGAUGGGGCAAAAGAAGAAGAGGAGGAGGUAGAGGCUGAUGAGGUGCAGGAAGAGGGGGAAACAAGUGGUGAGGAAGCUAGGGAAGAGGAGACCUCAGAAAAUGUAGACGAGGAGGAAGAGGCAGAAUGUCAGUGCCAGUCUGCAAUCGAUGAGGAGAGUGAUGAAGAGGAGGGAGAGAAGGAAGCAGGAGGGGAGGAGGAGGAAACGAGCAACAACACAGGUGAAGAUGAGACAGAGGAAGGGGAAACAGCAGGUAACGAGGAAGAGACGGGAGAUAGGGAAGAGGAGGAGGACGGUGAUGAAGAGGAAACAGCAGGUGAAGAAGAGACUACUGAAAAUGUCGAGGGUGAGGAGGAGGAGGAAGGGGCUGAGGAGGAGGAGUGUGAGGUGUCCGACUCCAAGCCUGAAGAAGAAGAAGGUGAAACAACUGGAAAGGAAAGUGAAGAAGAAGAAGAGCCAGCUGGGGAAUCAGAGGAUGAAAAAGAGGCGGCAAAUGAAGAAUCGACGCCGGAAGAGGAGUCUGUUGAAGAAAAUGGCGGCGCUUCAGGAGAGGCGGAGGAUGAAGAUGACGGGGAUGACGGCACAGGAGAAGAAAAGGAAGGCGAAAGUGGAGAGCAGGAAGUUGAGGCCUCAGAGGAGGAGAGAACAUCACCACAGGGCCAAGGGGUGACCGAGGGAGAGGAGGCCGAUGCAGAAGAUUCAGACGCUGACGCCAAACGUCCAAGUGACACUAGUGUGGACGAUUCAGGACAGGAUGGGGCGGGAGCCACAGGAGAAGAAGAGGAGAAUGAUAGUGGAGGAGGCGGAGAAGGAGAUGUGGUAGAAGAGUUCAAGCCGGAGGAAGGAGAGGAGGGAGAUGUGGAUGGAAACAAAAAGGAGGACGGGGCUCUGCUCCAGCAGUUUACCAGGACCUCUGUGGAAUCCCAGCCCGGCUCCUUGGAAGACAUCGACUCAGACACCCAGAAAAACCACAUGCAGUCCAUAGUGGUGCCCAAAAUGGCUGCUGGAGUAUCUACUGGUGGUGGCUCUGGCAACAGGAGGAGUCGCUCUCCUGCCAGAGUGAAACGCCGCAAACCCAAGACGAGCGAUGUUGAACUGGGUGACUUUUAAAAUCAUACAAAAACAAAAGACUGAAACACUUCAAAGCACUUUAUCAUUCAAGAUCAGGUGUAGGAGAAAUCACAUAUUUACAUGUAGAAUCUUGAAACUACCAACUUAUCCUAUUUUAUUAUAUUUAUAUUAAUGCUCUAUCUAUUUUCUAAUGUUAUGCUUAAAGGAUAUAUAUAUUUCUGAACUGUUGUACCAAUAAGGUAUAUUUUUGAAAACCAAAAAACACCCAUGGGUGUAUGAUGUGAACUCAGUUUUAUCUUCAGUCUACCACAUGAUUAUUUAUUGACUCAUAAAUAGCCAUAUAUACCAAGUACAUAUUGAGAUGUGAUCAAUUUUGUUUCUGGAAUAAUUUAAUAUUUUUUUUUGUUUUGUUUUUCCGGAUAUUGUGUCUUUUUUCGUCUGUGCUGUAUUCUCAGGGGUUUGGACAGCCAGUCUGUUUCUUAAAGGUAAUCUCCUAGGUGUUACUUAACCACCUGCUUAAAGCUAUAGUUGGUAGAAAUGACCCCUGAUUAAAUCUACUCAAGCUCUAUGAUGUAACCUGAUAACCUUACAGAAAAAAUCUGACAUUUACGGGAAUGUACUUGUCUGCUUUUUCUUUCUACGAGCUAGACGAGAAGAUCGGUAGCAACAUGUGUCUGCUUGGUAAAUAUGAAGCUAACAGGUUAGCUUAGCCGACAAAAACAUUGGAAAUGGUCAAUGGCAAAGUCAAAACUUCCAAAGAGAAAAACAUACCUCUUAGUCAUUUAAAUAUAGGCUACUGUGUUUAAUUCAUACAAAGACCAAGGUGUAGAAAUCUUGAGUUGUAGAGUACAGUAAUCUCAUUGACAUCGCCCAUUGGUUUCUGAAGCGCAAUUUGAAGCCCAAUGAUAGUGGUGGUCAUAUUGGAAUUGCUGUUUCAAACUGACUUUCGGUCAACCUAGCAACAGGCAACGAGGCAGGCCGUUAGCUUCCCGGCAAACAGUUACAACACGCCCAUCUGUUGGUCAGAUUAGCCACGGCCCUUACUGUGCACAACUUGAAGAUACGAGCUAGCUAAAGAGUGCUAGCAUUAGCAUGCUAACACAACAAUGCAGCGCAAGUUGUUUUGGUUUCAUUCUGGUGCUCAAGGGCGACAUCUGCUGGAUCAAAAAAUCGCAUAUUCUGCCUUUAAACCUUUAUAUUUCUUCUGUCAAAAUGGGCAUUUUACAGUACGUUCCAUUUACCUUGGAGCUCGGAUCAGAGAACAAUGUCACACCCAAGUUAAACGAAAUUCCAGUUGUGAGUCCGCAGCAAUGCAUAAAAGCAAAAUGGACGCCUCCAGGAGUAACUUUGUUUUGUUAGCUUAACAACACACUACGUGAUAGUGUGUGCACAGAUAGAAUUGGUUUGCACAAAAAGAGGACUAAGAUGCCGAUAAACACAACAGCUUAAAUUCGACUGUUGACGCAAGUAGCAGCCAUGUUGGAUUUUAGCUCGAGCUACUGAAGGUUCUCUGAGUUUCCAAGUCGGAAUUUUGACUUCCUGGUGACGUAUCAGAGUGGCAACUCCAAAUUUCCGACUUCCAAGAUUAAAUGGAACACACUAUAAAAGUGUAUGUUAACGGCUGUGCAGCCAGCCUCUAGUGGACUUCAUUCUACUGCAAUUCCACACUAGCUUUUUCCAUCAGCGCCUAAGGUUCUGCUGGAUUAAAAAAACAAUCUUUACAGUUGCAAUUAUUUUUUAAUCAUCCGGUCAGAACCAAGCUAGUUGCUUCACUUUGCCUCUGCUUUUUUUUUUUUUGCAAAAUAGCUCCAACUUGUGGCUUCAUAUCUUAGGCCGUGUUCACACUUGACUUCUUUCUUCAGAAAAAAGUGCUGCCUUCAGCGCCUUUUGAGCGCUUUUGCGCGAGUGUUCUGUAACCUUAACAACAGGAUCUAGUCUGCGGUGCAACCGUGCCGGAGCACAACGCAUCAAUUUAGCACAGAAAAGAACAAGCGGGACGGGAAGUCAGACACCGAUACAACAUUAAAACAUCCGGUUUAUUUUCAGAAUAACACCCUCCGUUUUGACGGUUCAAAAAAACAACUGUUUGUGUGUUUGUUUAUGUGUUUAUAAGGUUUUUAUUGAGUUUUAUACCACAAACAUCGUAUUAUCUCGUGCUGUCGCAAGUGAAUCUGUUAAAUUACCGCGGAAACUCCUUUGUCUCCGUACUCCAGCUGUCCGGCUGUGCUCUCCGUGCUGCGGACUGAGAAAGCAGCCGGUGGGUGUUGACGGAUGAGGAUGCACUGACCCGUAACAGACCGGAGCAGACACGCAAUGCACACAUAUCUGGUGGAAGUUUGACGUUUUUGGGCACAGGUAACUAGGGACGUAGGUUACUACUCAUCCUGAUUGGUCAGCUGUCAGAAAGGCGCUUGACGUCACCCAGCGCUUUUCUGAAAAGUUGAAAUAAUUCAACUGAAAA